GUACGGGCAACUACACCUGGAUGAAGGAAUCCCUGCCCGUGGAAAUGGGUCCCGACGCCAUCCACGUGCUGCGGCGGCAGCGCAUGGAGCGGAACCGGCUGGCGGAGCCGGUGCCGCAGACGUGGUCAAAGAUGACACAGCUCUGGGGCGGUGGCUACUACCAGGAGUUCGAGUACAUGCCGGAAGAGUACAAGGACAAGCGAGGAUUGCCCGCCAGGCAGGCAGAUGCGGACAAGCGGAUGAAGAUUGCCAACCACGACUGGCGAUACACAGCCCAGGAGCGGCGGCUGAAGCACGAGCCCAUGCUCCACGGCGUAGCUGCGGACAGAGAGCAGUACCCCUACCUGGGUGGCGACAAGGACGCGGAGUUGGAGGCCACGAAGCUCUUCCUGCGAUCCGUGGGAACAAAGACCUCCCUGAACAAGUCCCAGGAGAAGUUUCUAAAGUCCCAGUCCGCCUGGAUGCAGGACAAGGCGCAGAUGACCUCGGAGAGCUCCUUCCUGGCGGGCCGGGGCAAGGGCCUAGACGACAACUCUAGAGGAAGCCGCAUGACGCUGCCCAUCAUGGUCCAGCGGCUGCAGAAGAAGGUGGACCAAGACUGGGAGGGAUCCACGGUGGUCGUCAGCGCCACUGACCAGGACUUGAUCCAAGUUGCCUUCCACAUGCACACCGUGGAUUCUGAGAGAGGUGUGGUCGCGUACAUGGGCGUCCUCUCCAAGGACGUGGAUCUCGCCACGGGGCUGCGGAAGGUGAGCCAGCUCUGGGGAAUGCAGCGGGACUUCAGCGACGAGCUCCCCGAACGGGAUGCCGAGCCCGGGGAGAACAGCUGGAUGUUCUUCCUGCUGGCGCCCAAGUGGGUGAAGAUGCGGCCCACCGACGCCUUCUACACCGUUCAUCCCCGGUCCCAGGGCUCCGCUUUCCGGAUGAGCACCGCCGGCUCCAGCGUAUUGCUCUCACUGGGUUCUUCGGUGCUGGAGUCGCACGAGACGCCUCGAAAGAAGGCGGAUCCGUCUCCACGUGCAGUCAGCUCACAAUCUUCCAGGGCAUACGAGCCAACAAGGAGUCAGGCCCUCUCUGACUAUCCGAAGGUUGACUUGGCCCUCAUUGAGCAGGCAUUAUUCACCUGGACUUUUUAAAUUCAUUGUCCGCAUAAGGCAACCACGAGGCCGUCAGCUCGCUGCCGGCAAUCAAAGAGAGUCGCGGGGAUGCGCGGCCAGCUGAGAGUUGAGUCGAGUAGCUUGUAGGGUGUCUCAAACCAGUGAACAUCCGUUGGGCAAGGGUUUUGUUCUUUCUAAGGGUUGAUUCCCCAUUCU